GGGGCAGAGUUUAAUACCCCAGGGGCUGUGGGAGGGUCAAUGCAACUGUCAGUUUCAGUGAUGGCGACGGCUGGAGUAAGAGAUGAGCUGAGCUGCUCCGUGUGCCGGGAGAUUUAUACAGAGCCUGUAACUCUACCGUGUGGCCAUAACUACUGUCUGGUCUGUAUUGAGAGAACAUGGGACUGGCAGAAGAGUAUAGAGGAAGAUCCUUCCUGCCCUGAAUGUAGACACAUAUAUGGGAAAAGGCCUGAACUGAACAGAAACGUGAUUCUAUGUAACAUAGCAGAACAAUUCCAUACAACCGACCCAGAUCAUGGCAGGACUGGGAUCUUCUGCACUUACUGUGACUCCUCUGUAGCUGCUGCUAACUCUUGCCUGCACUGUGAGGCUUCUCUGUGUGCUACACGUGUGCAGGAACACAGCAACUCAGCAGAACAUGUAUUUACUGAACCUACAGCUUUAUUUGAGGACACAAAAUGUUCUGCACAUAAGGAGCUGCUGAGAUAUCUCUGCACUGAGGAUGGCGCCCGUGUCUGUGUGUCCUGCUGUCUGGCUGGGGAGCACCGGGGCCACAAGGUGGAGCUGCUUAUGGAGACCCAGGUUUGCAGUAAGAAGUCACUUACUCUUAUGCCCUUAUUUACCCUCUCAGUUCUUGGACCACUGCAUCCCAAUUUGCCCUAACUUUGUCCCUUUGUAUGUCCAGUUCAGGCCAUGUCCAUAUCCCUGAUCAAUCCCUAGUCCAAUUCCUUGCCCAGAUUGUGACCUGCACUUUUGGGCUGAGUUAACCUGCAACUGCUUGAGCCCCUACAGUCUGGUGGGUCUCAUCCUGAAAACUCUAUCACACCAAACUGCUCCACUAGUUAGUCCUGUGUAACACCUAGAUUGUUCUAGUGUAGCUAGCCUAUCAAUUGCUUCUCCUCAUUUACA